GAUAUCAAAAACAUCAUACUGUAAACACGGUAGAUUGUGAUCUGGAAAUGAUAAGUUGUUUACGGCACUGACAGUCCGUGUCGCGAAUUAAGAUGUUAUGCCCUAAUAUUAUAACCUAUAUAUAUUAAUAUUAUUAUCUUAAUCCGUGGUCCGCGCUCACAGUAUUUGCCGAUAUCUCCGCGGGUGGUGCUGCGUCGGCGUGGGACGGUAGCGCCUUAUCACGGGACCGGUAGAAUGCCGCCGAGAUAUCGACCCCCGCAGCCCGACGAGUACUCUGUUCGUGUUCACCGUCGCUUCGACCGCAUGGUGCCAACUACAGGAUCCCGAUUCUCGAGGAAAUCUCCGUCGAUCUGACUUCACACCUUACAGGAUCAAUUAAAAAUGUCAAAGUGCCUAAACAAUGAUAGCAAAAUACAAAUGAGACUUAAUAUUAAACGGCAUCGACAAAAACUUCUUCAAUAUUUAGAGAAUACUAAUGAUACUGUUUUAAAGCCUAAAAUCAAAUUAAUUUCAAAUGAUAUAGAAAAAUCUAAUUUGAAUCACAAUGUUAACAGAAAAACCAGAUCAAGUAUUACUGUGAAACAACUUCAGCCUAAUGUCAAAGUAAAAACAAAAGAAGAGCCUUUGUCAAAUUUUGAAUUAAAACUAGAACCUUUACCAAACAUUAAAAUAAAAGACCUUGAACCUUCAUCCGACAGCAUAAAAAAACUCAGAGAACAAUUAAUUAAAGAAGAACUAUAUGACGGUUUGAGUUCUGAAGAAAAUGGUGACAAUAGUUCUGAUAUUUCUGUUGGAACUACGGAACAUUUUCAAUUACAUAAUGAGAAUGACUUUAACAAUUCAAGCAUUAUAGAAGUAGGUAAAUAUGAUGGACAAGAACAACUGGCCAGUGACAAAAGUAAAGAAAAAUAUAUGGAUUAUAACUGUGACAGUGAUAAUCCUUUAUUGGAUAUCAACUACCCACCCACCACAAAGAGAAAAAUAAUGAUUUCAAAAAAACCUAAAGACAGGGAUAAACACAAUGCCAAGGAACGAGAAUUCCGAAAAGUUAUAGCCAAAAGGUUUCGAAUUCUAGCAAAAUGUUGUAGUUAUUUGAACACCAGUAGACGCGUGCCAUCAAAAAUUAGCAUACUUUUGGCUGCUAAAAAAGAAUGCGAUUUGUUAGGACAUUUUAACAAGAAAAUGGAAAGAGAAAAAAUGUAUUGGCUCGAAGCAAAUGCAAAUCUGAAAAAUACUAUAAAUGAAUUGAUGAUGGAUAGGUUAUAGAUAGUAUGGUAGUAUAGCAUAUCGAUCUAUGAUUCCUGUACUUCAAAAGUGUCAACCGAAAUGAAUCUCUAUAAUCAGUAUUAAAUAGGGGGAGAGAUAUUUGCUCUAGCACUUAUUUGUUGUAGUGAUUAUAAAUGCAGUUACCAUUCAAAUGGUAAAUUGUAGUUGCGUGAUAGUCACUACAACAAAUAAGUGCUAAAGCGGAAAUACCUAUCCAGCAGUUUAAUACUGAUUAUAGAGACUCAUUUCGGUAGACACUUUUUUAGAUUUAUCGGGCAACUAUACUUUCUUUAAUCGUGGUUAUAUCAGUGUAUUGUAUGAUAAGCCAGGAAAAUAUUUUGCUAAAUUUGUUAAUGUAUAUUUCACACUGCCCAAUGUACCAACUCACUAUUGUUAUCUUUGGUUGGUAUAUAAAAAAAAUAUGUUUAUUUAUCUUUAUUUUUAUAGUUAUAUUUAAUAGAUUUUGUUCA